GCUCCAUUGUAUGUUGAAGCGCAACUAAAGUGGAUAAAGUGGGGACACCGGUCAUUAUUACAUGGUGGCACAUGGGUUUGGGUCAUUUAUAUUAUUUGUGAUUUGAAAAUAUCAUAAUGGCGAAUAAAAAAAGGUUCAGGAAAGAUAUCUUGAAUGAGGAUCCAGGAGACUUGGAUGAUUUAUCUAACUCUGAAGAUGAGUACACUGAAACUGAGAGGUACUUACUUGAAAAAGCCCGUAAGAAGCGUGUACCAGAAAACUUUGACAGUGAAGAUGAAGUUUAUGGACUACAGGAUGAGAACGAAGAGGAUGAUCAAGACGAAGAUCUUGAGGACUCUUUAGAAUCUGAUAUUGAAGGUCUUCAAGAUGAUUUUGAAUUACCAGAUGAGAGAGCAUGGGGUAAAAAGAAGAAUGCAUAUUACUCAACUGACUAUGUUGAUCCUGAUUAUGCAUCAGCAAGCCAAAAGGACAUGGCUGAUGCAGAAAUGGAAGAAGAAGAAGCUAGAAAUAUCCAAAAACGUCUUGCUGAACAAUUGGAUGAUGCAGACUUUGGCUUGGAUUUAUUACAAUCAAAAGAAAAAGAAGUCAUUGAAUUACAAGAUAAGGAUCAGAUUGUUAAAACUGAUCUUACCAAACUCAGUAAAAGAGAGAAACAGUUACUUGUACAGAAGGAAAGUCCUGAAUUUCAAGGACUCGUUAAUGAUUUUAAGGAACGUCUAACCGAAGUACGUGAUUUCUUAGCUCCAUUCUUAAAAUUCGUUGAAAGAGGGAAAUGUCCUGCUUGUCCUGCUAUUUCUUUUAUAAAAUCAAAGUAUCAGUUAAUUCUUAAUUACUGUGUCAAUAUUUCAUUCUACUUGAUGCUUAAAGCAAAAAGGCUACCUGUUACCUCCCAUCCAGUUAUCAAGCGUCUAGCGCAGUAUCGUCAGCUUCUUAACCAAUUAGAAUCAGGUCAAGGGAAGUUGCUUGAACAAGUCAAAGAGAUACUGAGUGCUGAAAAGAAGUGUUUACCUAUAUACAGUACGAUAGACUAUAAAGAAUUGGGAAAUGAAAAAAAGAAAUGCGCCACGAGAGCUUUAGGUGAAAAAUUGAAACGUGCCAGGCAAGAGAACAAGAAUGUGGACGUUACAAUGUCGAAGAAAACUGCAGAUGAUGAAACAGCUGAUGAAGAAAUUGAUGAAGAUAUGGAACAUAGUGAACAUUCUGAACUAAUUGACACUGAGAUCAAUGAUAAAGAUACGGAAGACCAUGAGUUAGCAAUGGAUGAGAGUGAUACAGAGGAAGGAAAGAGAGCUAUUACCUACCAAAUAGCCAAGAAUAAAGGACUCACACCACACCGUAAAAAGGAACAGCGAAAUCCGCGAGUUAAGCAUAGAAACAAAUACCGCAAAGCUAAGAUUCGCCGGAAGGGAGCGGUGAGAGAAGUUCGAAAGGAGGUAACAAGAUAUGCCGGAGAAAUAUCCGGUAUUAAAGCUAGUGUGAAGAAGAGUAUAAAACUUAAAUAAAAUCAUGUUAUUAGUUCCAUUAGAUUCUAUUUCAGACACAAUAAAAGCAUACAUUUAUAUAAAUUAUA